GUGCUUCCCAAGCGGCAUCAGGCUGGUCUGCCACCGCUUUGCGCUGUUUUAAUCUCUUGGGGUCUCCUUGAAGUGUUCCAGUCAUGGCUUCCAAAGUCAUACCUUGGUAUAAGAAGAAGCACACAGGCGAAGUCAAAACCGAUUAUGCUUGUCAAUGUUGUGUCAAGUACCAGCAGCAGCUGCAGCAAAUACAGAGGAAAUCCAGCUCUAAAUUUGUGAGCCAGGUUCAGGCCAAGGCCACAGAGGCUAUGGCAGAACAAGUCUAUACCAUACCGGUGUUCCGGCACAGGUGUGCUUCGGAAGUUGAGGAGCACCAGAGGGUGGUCACACAUGUUGAGAAAGGACUGGCUGUGAUUCAGGAGGAGCUGCACAGAAUGAGGAUAGCCACAAAGGUUCAUGUGGAGAGUUUGGAGAUCCAGAGAGAGGUUAGGAGCAUGAUGACCAGGAGGUUGGAUUUGUUGGACGAUAUCCCCAAGAUGCCGGACUUCGUGUUGGCUCUGAGGCCCCACACCGUGUGGGAGAAGACUCCAGUGAAGCUGUUCUGCACUGUGCAGGGAAACCCAAGGCCUGUCGUCAAAUGGUAUAAAGGAGGAGUGCCAGUCGACCCACUGAGCGCCCCUGGAAAGUACAGGAUUGAAAACAAGUAUGGAGUCCACAGUUUGAUCAUAAGCAGGUGUGUGGUGAGUGAUACUGCCGAGUACAGUGUUAUGGCAACCAACCAACAUGGCACGGCCUCCAGCAUGGCCACAGUUACUGUCAAGAGACCACCAGGACCUGGGGAGUCCUGCUUGCUUGGUCUAGUUCCUCAUUUGACUGAACUCCAUGCCAGUAAGCUGGAGGUGGCUCUGCUCGACCGCUUCCGCGUCAGCUUCGGCGUGGAAGGCCACUCCAUCAGCCUGGUGUGUACCAUGGUGGUCGUCCCUGACCUCCCCAAUGUACCACCCUAUGUCCAGUGGUACAGAGACGAUAAACUGCUGAAAUCAAGUAAACUGGUGGAGAUGGCGGUGGGUGGAGGUGCAGCCCGCCUGACGCUGCCCCACCUGGCCAAGGACGAUGAGGGUCUCUACACCCUCCGCAUCUUUACAAAGGACGGCACGGCUGAGCACAGUGCCUACCUGUUUGUCUCCGAUGCCGCUCCCUCUGCACCCGGGGCCCCUGGCGCACCAAUGAGCGUAAAAGCAUAUGACAUCAACUCAGACUAUGUCCUUGUUGCUUGGAAACCCCCCAACACUGUCAACGAGGCGCCAAUCACCGGAUACUUUGUGGAUCGGUGUGAGGCCGGCAGCGACGCCUGGGUCCAGUGCAACGAUUCUCCAGUGAAGGUGUGUAAAUACCCGGUGCACGGCUUGAGCGUGGGCCGCUCCUACCACUUCCGGGUCAGAGCCGUGAACAGCGCCGGCAUCAGCAGGCCAUCCCGCAAGUCGGACAAGGUGACCGCUCUGGAUGCUGCCGAGAGCGAGAGGCUGCAAGUGAUUAAAAUUGAGGGGAAAUACGACAUAGUGAUCAAGGAUGAUGAUCUGGAAGGUUAUGUAACUCUCCCCGCGGAGCCCACCAACGUGCAUGCAUCUGAGAUUUUCAAAUCAUACGUGGUGUUGAGCUGGAAUCCUCCCAGCCCUCGCGGACGAGCGCCGCUGUGGUACGUCGUCGAGAAGUGCUUAGCAGGCACUGGAGCGUGGCAGCGGAUCAACACCGCAGUCAAACUGCACUCACCGCGUUAUCCAGUUUUCGAUUUGCAAGACGGGCAAAAGUACCAGUUCCGAGUGUAUUCGGUGAACAUGUACGGCUCCAGUGAGGCCUCGGCGCCUUCUGAGCCCGUCCAGAAGGUUGAUGAGGAUGGUGUCCCCUCUGCUCCUGGUCACGUCGUUGCCAGCAGGAACACCAAGUCGUCUGUGUUUGUGCAGUGGGAGGCUCCCAAGCAUCUGAAAAACCUCAUGGGAUAUUACAUCGAUGGCCGUGUUGCCGGAUCCAAGGAGUGGUUCGCUUGUAACCAUAAACCCUUCAAACACACCAGGUUUGUGGUCCAUGGCCUGGUCCAAGGUGAGACCUACGUGUUCCGUGUCCAAGCUGUCAAUGUCUUUGGCCUGAGUGAGGAGUCGCAGGAUUCUUCACCCAUCGCUGUGGAGCCGGCCCUCGCGACUCCCAGUUCUCCCUAUGGAAUCGCCUUGCUGAGCUGUGACGGCUCCUCCAUGACUAUCGCUUGGAAGAGUCCCAAACGCUGCGGUGGCUCCAAGGUCAAUGCCUACUACGUCGACAAGCGCAACGCUGACACUCUGCUCUGGAAGGAAGUGAAUCUGGCCCCCAUCACAGAAAGAGUCUACACUGUUGAUAAUGUGACAGAAGGAACCUUCUACGAGUUUAAGGUCCAGGCUGCAAACAUGGCAGGUGUUGGUGUACCAUCAGCUCCCAGUGUCCCCAUGAAAUGUGAAGCGUGGACCAUGGACGAACCAGGCCCAGCCUAUGACCUGAGCUUCAGUGAGGUCAGAGCACACUCCCUGGUCAUCGUGUGGAAGGCUCCAGUGUACAUCGGAGCGAGCGCCGUCACUGGAUACUUUGUGGACAAGGCCAAAAAGGGCUCAACAGAGUUUGUUACCCUGAACCAGGAGGCUGUGAGUCACCGCUACCUGCAGGUGACUGGUUUGGAGGAAGGAGAAACCUACGUGUUCAGAGUCCGUGCUGUCAAUGCUAACGGUGUGGGAAAAGCUUCUCAGCUCUCUGAGCCGGUCUGUGCCAGAGCUCUUCCAGGCACCACAGAGAUCGUGGCCGGUGUGGACGAGGAAACUGGGGACAUCUUCCUGUCCCUGGAGGCCUGUGAGAUCAGCGAGAUGUCCACGUUCGUGUGGUCAAAGAACUACAAGGCCAUCGGCGACUGCCCCCGAGUCCAAGUGACAUCGAAGGGCAGAACCUCCAGACUGAUUUUCACCAACCCUGAUAAGGACGACCUGGGCAGAUACUCUGUGAUGGUCACCGACACAGAUGGAGUCUCUUCCAGCCACACGCUGACCGAGGACGCCCUGAACACCAUGCUGGAGCUCAGCCAUGCCAUCAGACAUCCAGUUGUUCCUCUGAAACACGGCCUGAACUACGAGGUCCUGGAGAAAGGUCACGUGCGUUUCUGGCUGCAGGCCGUCAAACUGUCGUCCUCCGUGUCCUACAGGUUCAUCGUUAACGACAAGGAAGUCACCAGUGGAGAGGGUCAUAAGAUCAGCCACGAUGUGGCCACAGGAAUCAUCCAGAUGACUGUGGAUCAUUUCACCAGAGCCAACGAGGGCACGUACACCGUCCAGAUCAACGAUGGCAAGGCCAAGACCCAGAGCUCCCUGGUGCUGGUGGGAGAGGUGUUUAAGGUUGCUCUGAGGGAGGCCGAGUUCCAGAGGAAAGAGCACAUCAGGAAGCAAGGUCCACAUUUCUCUGAGUAUCUGUAUUAUACCGUCACUGAGGACUGUACUGUUCUGCUCGCCUGCAAGGUGGCCAACGUGAAAAAGGAGACGACUUUCCACUGGUACAAAGAGGAAGAUGAGAUUGUUCCAGAAACUCCUACCAAUGUCAUGUCGGGGGCCUGUGCACUGCCCAUACCUCUGUUCUCCAGAAAAGAUCAGGGUGUUUACAAGGCCGUGCUCGGUGAUGACAGAGGGAAGGACAUGUCCACGUUCGACAUCUCAGGACAAGUGUUUGAUGACAUCAUCAAUUCCCUGGCCCACAUCGCUGGUGCGUCUGCCUCUGACCUGGUGCUGCAGUGCACUCCGGAGGGCAUCAGGCUGCAGUGCUACAUGAGCUACUACACAGAGGAGAUGAAGACCGUGUGGAAACACAAGGAGACAAAGAUCGCUUCCUCUGAGAAGAUGAGGAUUGGCGGCACGGCGGAGAUGGCCUGGAUGCAGAUCUGUGAUCCAUCUGACAAGGAGAAGGGUCACUACACCAUCGAGAUCUCAGACGGGGUCAAGACUCACACCAGGACCUUUGACCUCUCUGGACAAGGUAGCACAUCUGGAACACAGAGAUAA